AUGGCAGACUGUGAUGAUGCCACCAAGAACACCAAAGAUGCCGCCAAUGCCACAAAGAAUAACAAAGAUGCCAUCAAGGACGCGAAGGAUAAUAAGAACAUCAAGAAGAAAUGCACUGCCUGCAAGAUGAAAGGCCAUGAUGAAUCAAGCUGCUGUCUUCUGAUGAUGCUCAUGAUGACCGCCAAUAUCGACGCCAAAACGAUGGAAAUACCGAUAACAAUGCCAGGCCCCAGUGCCUACGAUGCCCAUACCGAUGACCAUGAUGCCAGGCCACAGUGCCUACGAUGCCAGGCCCCAGUGCCUAUAUGA